UCAACUUUUUUUUUUUUCCAGACUGUAUUUUUUCACAGUUCUGCUUUAAUCAUUCCAUGUGAGUACACAAGGCGACAUAGUCCUUGGUGUGAGUUGCGGCAUUGCUUCAGCCUAGACAUGGACACACAAGGAGAAAGGAAAACACUGUAUGGGAAAUGGCAUGUAGUGUGCCUUUUCGCGCUGUUCACUUGUUUCUUGGACGCAGUCUGGGGACAGAUUCGCUACUCAAUCCCAGAGGAACUGGAGCAUGGAGCUUUUGUUGGCAAUAUUGCAGAGGACCUGGGUUUGGAUUUGGACAAGCUCUCUGCGCGCAGAUUCCGAAUAGUGUCAGGUGCCAAGAAGCAAUACGUGGAGGUAAAUUUAGAAAAUGGAGUUUUAUUCGUCAAUGAAAGAAUUGAUCGUGAGGAACUGUGCGAGCAGAGUUUGUCCUGUUCUUUCCACUUGCAAGUAGUCAUAGAAAACCCUCUGGAGCUUUACAGAGUAGAAAUGGAAAUACUGGACGUGAAUGAUAACUCUCCUAGCUUCCCGUGGACCGAGUUUAAUCUGGACAUAUCGGAGUCCGCUGCGCCAGGAUCUCGUUUCCCGCUUGAGAGCGCACAGGACUUGGACGUCGGAUCCAACUCGCUCCGCACCUAUCUGCUGAGUGUAAACGAGCAUUUCCUUUUGGACAUACAGACGCGCAGCGAUGGCAGUAAAUUUGCGGAGCUAGUCCUUCAAAACCCGCUGGACAGAGAGCAGCAAAGUGCGCAUCAGAUGGUCCUGACAGCGGUGGAUGGAGGCGCGCCGGAGAGAUCUGGCACUGCGCAAAUUGAUAUCACCGUUUUGGACGCAAAUGAUAACGCACCCGUGUUUGAUCAGUCGUUUUACAGAGUGAGACUGGCUGAAAAUGCACCUAAAGGCACGGUUGUCAUAAAACUCAACGCGUCCGAUUUAGACGAAGGUCCCAAUGCUGAUAUCACCUAUUCUUUCAGUGGCCACGCUCCCAUCAAAGUGCGCCAGCUUUUCAGCGUGGACUCGCGCACGGGAGAAAUCAAAGUCAAAGGAGUGAUAGAUUAUGAAAAAGCCAGGAUGCACGAAAUCUAUGUUCAGGCUAAAGACAAAGGGCCCUCCGCUGUGGCAGUUCACUGUAAAGUACUGGUGAACGUUUUGGAUAAAAACGACAAUCUCCCAGAGGUGAUCUUGACGUCGGUGUCCACACCUGUGCAGGAAGACGCGCCCCCGGGAACGGUGAUAGCAGUCAUCAGUGUGAUGGACAAGGACUCGGGUGAGAACGGGAAUGUGGAUUGUGAGAUCCCCCAUCAGAUUCCAUUUCAACUCCACUCCUCCUUUAAGAACUACUACACAUUAGUAACUUGUGAUUUUCUGGACAGAGAGACAGUCGCAGAGUAUAACAUCACCCUUACCGCCCGAGAUAUGGGCUCUCCUCCUUUAUUCACCCGGAAAACUAUUUUAGUCCAGGUGUCUGAUGUGAAUGAUAACGCGCCUCAGUUCAAACAGCCCUCAUACACUGUGUAUCUGACUGAGAAUAACGCACCGGGAGCAUCCAUUUGCUCGGUAACCGCACUGGACCCAGAUUCUGGUCAAAACGCAUACCUCUCCUAUUCUAUACUGGAAGGUGACAUUAAGGGAAUGCCGGUGUCCACAUACGUGUCCAUUAACUCAGACAAUGGGAACAUUUACGCACUGCGAUCCUUCGACCACGAGCAACUUAAAAACUUUCAGAUCACGGUUCAAGCUCAAGACGCCGGUUUCCCGCCUCUGAACAACAACGUCUCGGUUAACAUCUUUAUUCUGGAUCAGAACGACAAUGCACCUGUGAUUGUGUCACCGGUUCCGCAAAACGGCACGGCGCCCAGCGAAGCGGUGCCCAGAUCGGUUGACCCCGGUUACCUUGUCACCAAAAUCAGCGCGGUGGACGCAGAUGCGGGUCAAAACUCGCGUCUGUUUUACCAAAUGCUCCAAGCAACUGACUCGAGCUUGUUCAGCAUUGCUCUGUACACGGGCGAAAUCAGGACGAUCCGCCAGUUGAUGGAGAAGGAUCCCACGAGGCACAGACUGGUCAUCCUGGUGAAGGACAAUGGUCAGCCGCCCCUCUCGGCCACAGUUUCCAUCAUCCUGUCAGUAGUUGACAGCCUGCCAGAUUCGCAGCCCGAUUUGGGUGACCUGUCACUAAGCCCACAUCACAGCUCCAACUUCACCCUGUACUUAAUCGUGUCUCUGGGCGCAAUCUCCUUCACAUUUCUGGUGGCUAUCAUCGUCCUGGUUGCAGUGCGCAGACUGAAGGGCAGACCGUCCAACAGAGAGUCCAACCUCCCCUCCAUCAGCGGGUGCUGCUGCUGCUGCUGGUCUCGCUCAGAGACAUCCACCACCACAGAGGUCUUUAAAAAGUCCAACCUAAAUGUUCGGAUGUCCACGGGCGCGUCCGGUUGCGCAGAGACAAACAGCAACGGCGCGCUCCCGCAGGUCUAUUGCUAUAAAAUGUGCCUCACGCCGGAAUCAUCCAAAAGCGACUUCAUGUUCCUCAAGCCAUGCAGCCCGGUAAUGUCAGUAAAACAGAAUAACGCCAAGAGCACAGACUACCUGACCUCUGGCUGGAGCGCGCUGGACCGUAAUGAGCUGACCAACAACAGAGCGUCAACCCCAAACGAGCUUAGGUAUUCAAACAAGGAUUGGACAUGGACCAAGAACCAACGCAAUUCAGCAUACAAGAGAUAUAGCUCGGCAAAUAUGGAGGGCACUCUUUCACGCCAACAAAACUAUGAUGCUGACGGAUUUUCCUGCUCUGUUGCACCACAGUACUGGACCUGGGGAAACCAUAUGAAGGGCUGCAAGAUGUCUCUUCAAGAGGGAGCAGUUCCUGACUACUCAUGGACCCCUAAAUACACCCAGCCUCAUUCUGAACCACCAGACUACCAGCACAAUGUAUACAUCCCAGGCACCACGUCUGGCUACAGCACUCUGAAGCUGGCACCCAGAGGAGAGCUGGAUGUGUAUAACACCUUUUCUACGUUUGGGAAGAAAAAGAGAUUCAUCUCAAACUAUGAACAAUCUUUUGACAAAGAUGAUGGUCUCAUAAGCAACGCUAUGUUUAAAUAAUACACCAAGUCUGCUGCAUAUUCUGUGUAUGAUACAUAUGCCAUUAACUAGUUCUAAUAACAAUAAUAACUAUAAAUUUCUUCUUCAUUGGAAUAUUUGCUCUUGGAGGCUGACAGACUAUAUUUCUCCUUUUCACUGCAGAAUUUAAAACCACUCACUGCAACAAGUGUAUUUUCAUUUCUGUAAACACUGAAAUAAAAUAGGUCUACUUUGAGUUAUAGUGGGUUCUCCAAGUGGCAAAGAUGGGCAUCAUGAAGUCAAGCCUUUUAAGACUAUAGAGCAAAGUGGUCUAGUUUGAAGGCAGUGAAGUGGAACACUUGGAAAAAGGUUUUUCUUUCCAGGCAGCAGCAAACUCAGGUAAACGUGAUUUGAUCUGUUCGUCUGAGGCUACUGGCUCUCAGUAAGGUUAUGGUGAGUGAACAACUCUUAAAAGGUUAAUGAUUUCUGCAGUUUAAAGUCUAUUACGCAAAGGUUGUCCAUAUACCAGUCACUUUUAUGUCAACACACCUUUUUGUUGUGUUGGGACAGCUAUUCCGAACGCACUGCUGUAUGUCAAAGCUGUGAAUCAACUGACUAUGCUAGCAAUAAACUUUACAUUUUAUAGCCUUCAAAA